CGGACUGUCAGUUCCACCUAUCGGUCGAGAGUUAUCUGGUGGUAGAAACAGGCACCAUCUGUCAGUUUUUUCGGUCGUGUGAUAUGCACAAGGUGUGACUUUUUGGUGGUUGUGAAUGUGAUCAUUAAACGAGACGAGAUUCACCACGUACUGAAAUAAAAACAACGGUGACUGAAUGGUUGCGACAAAGUAACGUGUUGAAUGGAUCCUGCCAUUUCUUGGUUACAACCAGAACAGGACGGUCCGGCAAAGCUUCUGUGGGUUCGUAUAUGGCAAACGCAGCUUGAACUCGAGAGUCUCAACUUGAAGGAAAACGACAGCGACAUGGACGGCAUCACUAACGGUUUUCAUCACACGAACAGAGAGAUGAAUGGUAAAACGGACAAGAGUGCAAUAGUCAGUCGAAGACGGAAAGUGGAUUACCGCUCCGGCAAUAGGCACAAGUCCUUUAACGACGGCGAGUGUCCCUGGCGUGUGUCCAAGUUUCCAUACGGUCUAGGUGUACUGGGACUCCACCAAGAAAUUGAACACUUCUAUAAGUAUAUGAGUCCAACAGACGCUGAACAUAAACUACGGUCCGAGGUUGUAGCUCGAAUAAAGGCAAUAAUUGUGUCCAAAUGGCCGGAUGCACAAGUUGAAAUAUUCGGCUCCUACCGUACAGGACUCUACUUACCCACCAGUGAUAUUGAUAUAGUGGUUAUAGGAAAAUGGUCGAAUUUGCCGUUACGGACGUUAGAGCAGGAGUUUUCGGAAAAGGAUAUUGCACAAGAGAACAGCAUCAAAGUCUUAGAUAAAGCUUCCGUACCCAUAGUAAAGCUAGUCGACAAAAAGACCGAAAUCAAGGUGGAUAUUUCGUUCAACAUGUCCAAUGGUGUUAAGUCCGCCGAACUGAUAAAAAAAUACAUUGAACAGUAUCCAGUUCUACCGAAGCUAGUCUACGUAUUGAAACAGUUCCUCUUGGAGCGUGACCUAAACGAAGUGUUCACUGGUGGCAUCUCAUCAUACAGUCUGAUCUUAAUGUGCAUCAGCUUCUUGCAGCUGCAUCCGCGCGCGGACACGUUGCGGGGAGGUGGCAAUUUGGGCGUCCUGUUGAUCGAGUUCUUCGAGCUGUAUGGUCGCAAAUUCAAUUAUAUCCAGACGGGGAUAACGGUCCGUGAUGGCGGCAAGUACAUCAACAAAGAGGAUAUGCAGAAGGAGAUGGUGGACGGACAUCGGCCCAGCAUGUUGUGCAUAGAGGAUCCACUGCAGCCUAGCAACGACAUCGGAAGAAGUAGUUAUGGAGUUCUUCAUGUAAAAAGGGCGUUUGAAUACGCGUACACAGUACUAACAAACGUGGUGCAUCCGCUCUCCGUCUAUUCACAAUGCCAGUAUCACACGAUACUGGGGAGGAUAGUGCGAGUGCGGGAAAAGGUGGUGCAGAACAGGCGGCGCGUCGAAGACACACAGCGGCAACAAUUCAAACCGUCACGGUCGCCGUCCAGCACCGGGUCCACGUCGAGUAACGAGGAAAGCGGUGUCAGUUCAGAAGGCUCCGACCACACAUCACGUGAUAAUUCGCCAAAUACACCGUACAUAACGCAACCGCGUAACCACCCACCAAAGCCGAGUAUGUACAGGACUCGGAAAAAUACGAAUACCCACCACCACCACCACGAUAACUAUAAUGAUUUUAACCACAUGAAACGCAAGAAGUCGACAAAACAAUAGUAUUUAGAAUAUAGAUUUGUUGUUUUUAUAUAUAGGCUGAACUCUAGGCAUUUAUAACUCAACUGUUGUAUUGGAUCGCUUUCGAUAAUCAAUCUGCAUGUGUGAAACGGGACUAGUCCAUGACGAAGAAAUGUACUGAGAGAACGGCUGGGGAAGUUGCCACACCGCACCGGUUAUUUAAUAUUUAUUCUCGUGUACAUAUCAUUUAUUUUAUUUCAAGACUGCAACUGAUCUGUACGGCUCCUUGGUGGUGGUAAUGCUUGCCUAAGAAGCCUCUCUAGACUGUCAGAUGAUUAGUUGUAGAAUCUAUGCGGUAGUGCAAUUUUCAAGGAUCGAGUUGCUUGACUGCAGAGGUCUGAAUCUUCUCCACGAAAAGACUUUGAAAAUUGCUGCACAGGCAAAUUAUGACAAAUGGAUUCUGAAUACUCAAUUGCUGUUAUUGCUGACAAAUAUAAUAGGUUCUUGUGCAAUAUUAAGUGUGUGGAUGCAACCUACUUGAAAGCAUAUCGAGAAUUUAACAGUGAAGAUUGGAGGCAUUUGUAACUUUGAAGAAAGUUUUUGAGUGGAUAGUCAUUUAAAAUGUGAGAAAGUGUAUAUUAAUUGUAAAGAUAAAUCAAUUGUACAAUGUGAUAUAUUUGAUAUUAAGUGACAGUGAACUUUUAGAAACUUAUCAGGGACAACCAGAGAUUAUUAGGUUUUAUUUUUAUUCAUUGACUUUUUACCAAUUUAUUUUUUUCUUUUUUUUUGUAAUUAUCCCAGUUAUUUGCAAUAUUUGCAAAAUGACAAAUUAUUCAAGUUUUUUAAUUUCAGGACUAAAAAUUGUAUAAAGUGAGAUGAUAAUUUUUAUGUAAAUUUGUUAUUAGACUAAGUAUUUAUAUUAGCAUAUAGAAUUAAGACAGUUGUCUAUUUAUAUUGUAUAGUCUUAUUUGAAUUUUUUUAAAUUUUAAUAAGAAUAGACUUAAGCAGUACAAAUUAUUGAAAAUGUGCAAAAAAAACAUAUUAUAAAAAUCAAAAAAACUUUUAAUAUACAAAGAUGCGCCAUGAUAAUUAUUAAGUCACAUCAAAUAGCUGUAAACUCCAGAAAUACAACUUCUAUCAGCGCAAA